CAAUUCCCGGCGGCCCUCGCGCGCAACAGGUCAGGGCUAGGCUGGGGCCGGGUUCGCGGUGCUAGUUGAGGCGGCGGUGGCUACGGCUGGAAGAGCCGGGCCGGAGCCGCGGCGGAGGCCGCGGCUGGUACUGGGAGGGUGGCAGGGAGCGACGGGGGAGGAAGAUGGCGACGUCGGGGGCGAACGGGCCUGGCUCGGCCACAUCCUCGGCUUCCAAUCCGCGCAAAUUUAGUGAGAAGAUCGCGCUGCAGAAGCAGCGUCAGGCCGAGGAGACGGCGGCCUUCGAGGAGGUGAUGAUGGACAUCGGCUCCACCCGGGUGAGGGGCCGCGCCGGGGUGCCGAGCAGAGCUGAGCAGUUACGGAGCAGAGACCUGGAGAGGCGGGGCGGGGGCGGGCGCCGCAGCGGAGUAGGCGGAACGGGGCAGGGGCCGCGGGCGAAGGCCGAGGGGCCGGAAGACGGAUUUUGCCGGGGGAGACCGAAACACCGGAGAGGCUGGGAGCGUAGAGACGACUGGGGGCCGAAAAGGAGAUUGGGUCCCUUCUCCUCACAUUUCUGUUCUGAGCUUUCAGUCUCAGAGACCUGCAUACCUGUCUCCUCCAAGUCCUGCCCAGACAUUCUCUUCUAUUUUUUUAGCCCCUUUGGACCUGAUUCUCUUUUUCUCUUCCGUUCUUUGUUGUUCUUCCUAUUGUUGUCCCUUAUAGAAGAGAAGAAAGGUAUGUGUUUCUUGAAACGCCUUAAUCUGCUGCCUCCAUUGUUCUCUCAUCUAGCCUCUCUACUUUUUUCCUUAACUGGUGCUGUUCACAUUGACAGCUCUCCCUACAGUCCUGCCUACUUAUCUCCUCCCCCAGAGUCUAGCUGGCGAAGGACGAUGCCCUGGGGCAAUUUCCCUGCAGAGAAGGGGCAGUUGUUUCGACUACCAUCUGCACUUAACAGGACGAGCUCCGACUCUGCCCUUCACACAAGUGUGAUGAACCCCAGUCCCCAGGAUACCUACCCAGGCUCCACACCUCCCAGCAUCCUGCCCAUCCGCCGUGUGGGUAUUCUGGAUGGUGAAAUGGAUCCCAAAGUACCUGCUAUUGAGGAGAAUUUGCUAGAUGACAAGCAUUUGCUGAAGCCAUGGGAUGCUAAGAAGCUGUCCUCAUCCUCCUCCCGACCUCGGUCCUGUGAAGUCCCUGGAAUUAACAUCUUUCCAUCUCCUGACCAGCCUGCCAAUGUGCCUGUCCUCCCACCUGCCAUGAACACGGGGGGCUCCCUACCUGACCUCACCAACCUGCACUUUCCCUCACCACUGCCCACCCCCCUGGACCCUGAAGAGACAGCCUACCCUAGCCUGAGUGGGGGCAACAGUACCUCCAAUUUGACCCACACCAUGACUCACCUGGGUAUCAGCGGGGGCAUGGGCCUGGGCCCAAGCUAUGAUGUACCAGGACUUCAUUCACCUGUCAGCCACCCAUCCCUGCAGUCCUCCCUAAGCAAUCCCAACCUCCAGGCUUCCCUGAGCAGUCCUCAGCCCCAGCUCCAGGGCUCCCACAGCCACCCUUCUCUGCCUGCCUCCUCCUUAGCCCGGCAUGCACUGCCCACCACCUCCUUGGGCCACCCCUCACUCAGUGCCCCGGCUCUCUCCUCCUCCUCUUCCUCCUCUUCCACUUCAUCCCCUGUUCUGGGUGCCCCCCCUUACCCUGCUUCUACCCCUGGGGCCUCCCCCCGCCACCGCCGUGUGCCCCUCAGCCCCCUGAGUUUGCCCGCGGGCCCAGCCGACGCCAGAAGGUCCCAACAGCAGCUGCCCAAACAGUUUUCGCCAACAAUGUCACCCACCUUGUCUUCCAUCACUCAGGGCGUCCCCCUGGAUACCAGUAAACUGCCCACUGACCAGCGGUUGCCCCCAUACCCAUACAGCCCCCCAAAUCUGGUUCUGCCUACCCAGCCACACACCCCAAAAUCUCUACAGCAGCCAGGACUGCCUUCUCAGUCUUGCUCAGUGCAGUCAUCAGGUGGGCAGCCCCCAGGCAGGCAGUCUCAUUAUGGGAUGCUGUACCCACCUGGGCCCAGUGGGCACGGGCAACUGUCUUACCACCGGCCAGUGAGUGACUUCAACCUGGGGAAUCUGGAGCAGUUCAGCAUGGAGAGCCCAUCAACCAGCCUGGUGCUGGAUCCCCCUGCCUUUUCUGAAGGGCCUGGAUUUUUUGGGGGUGAGGGGCCAAUGGGUGGCCCCCAGGAUCCCCACACCCUCAACCACCAGAACUUGACCCACUGUUCCCGCCAUGGCUCAGGGCCUAACGUCAUCCUCGCAGGGGACUCCUCUCCAGGUUUUUCUAAGGAGAUUGCAGCAGCCCUGGCCGGAGUGCCUGGCUUUGAGGUGUCAGCAGCAGGCUUGGAGCUAGGGCUAGGGCUAGAAGAUGAGCUGCGCAUGGAGCCACUGGGCCUGGAAGGGCUAAACAUGCUGAGUGACCCCUGUGCCCUGCUGCCCGAUCCUGCUGUGGAAGAUUCAUUCCGCAGUGACCGGCUCCAGUGAGGGGACCUCAUCAUCAACCCUCUUCGUGGUCCCAUCCCCUACUACCGUUCCUUUCCUCCCUUCCCCCUGGCCAGUAGAGACUCCCAGAUCCUCUUUCUAGCGUGAAUGAAGGAUCCCAAGAAUGAGAAAAACCAAGGGGUUUGUCCAGGUGGCCCCUGAAUUCUGCACAAGGGGUGGGCCUGGGGGAAUUCAAGGGAGGGCCUAAAGCACUUGUAACUUUGAACCGUCUGUCUGGAGGUCAGAGCCUGUUGGAAAGCAGGGGGUAGAGGGGAACCCUGGAGGCCGGGUUUGUCCGGAUGCCUAGGGGUGGGCAGUGCCAGCCCCUCCUCACCACUCUUCCCCUUGCAGUGGAGGAGAGAGCCAGAGUGGAUACUAUUUUUUAUUAAAUAUAUUAUUAUAUGUUAAUAAAAAAAUCAUAUCAAA